GAAGGAAGAUGCAAUAGCCUUGGCACUCAAUCUUGCUUGGAGUGUAAUUGUCCCAGCCCAGAGUAUAGGUGUCAGGACUGCUUAGGAUCAGAGAUCUAUUGUUCACCUUGCAUCCUGUUGGCUCAUGUGUGCCACCCACUUCACCAAUUAGAGAAAUGGAAUGGUCAAUACUUUAAGUGAAUCACUCUGAAAACCCUGGGUCUUCACAUCCAGCUUGGCCACACCACUGGCCAGAAAUGUCUUAAUCCUUAUCAUGCAUUCAAUGAUGAUUUUAUUGUUGUCAACACCCAUGGCAUACACAAAGUAUUUCUUGACUUCUGCAAUUGUGCAACAGCCCAAAGCCAUAUACAACAGCUACUUCAAAUAUCAUAGUUUUCUUUGACAAUGUCAAACCCAAAAACUGCUGUGACAUUCCAUGUUCUUGAACACUAUCACCUACUCUCAUUUGAGUCAAAAGUAUCUGCCUUUGAAUUUUAUAAUGUGUGCAGCUGGAUGUCCAAUAACAAUGGCUUACUUCCCAUCAAGGUAAACUUGCUUUUUCAGGUGCCUUCAAAGUUAAUCCAGCUUCCUUCAGGAUCAGCAUGAUUCAUUUACACAGAUGAUAUGCAAGUGGUGCCACUUGAAGAUGCCUCAGUGCUUGGGGUAAGGUCAUGAUCCCAGUGGUGUAAACAGGAC